CCUGCAUUUGCGCAAAUGAGUUCGGCGAGUUGUGGGUCUCCGAGGCAGGACCGAGCUCAUGCCCAAGGCCCAGUCCGCAUCGCGUUCCGGGCACUCGACCGCGCUGACAAGAGCUCGAACGGCAUAAGAGCCUGGUUCUCACAAAUAUGGAAUCCGGAAUAGGGCGUGGGCGUGGGCGCGGGCGUGGAGUGAGUGGAAGUGAGGUUAUCGAGCGGGUGGACUUGCGACGACCACAUGUCCCUCCACCUCCAGUGUCACAAGCAGCGCCUCCCGUCGGGAUCCGCCAGACCUCGGAGGCCACCGCGGCGACGCCAGGUCUUCAAGAGGAAGUCAAGCCAAAGAAGACAUUCUCUCUAUCAGCUGAGGCUCCAGAAUUUGUGCCAAGGACCUUUGUGCAACCACAGCCGCAACCCCCAAAGAUCCAGAUGCCAGUGACACCACAAAAUAUUCCUCAUCAGGUUACGAAUCCAGUUGUGCCACAGCCCCAGAUUCAAUAUAUGUGUCAUCCAGUUGUUCUACAGGUCAACAACUUAGUUGUACAGCUCACCAUUAAACCAAACAAAUUUGACCAAGUUGCUCGUCAGCUUACAACAAUACUUAGCUGGCAAGUCCAAGAUGCAUUUCUCAUGAAAGAAGUUAUAACCGUUAUAUUUGAGCAGGGUGUGGGCGAAGUGAAUUUUCGAUACAGUGGUGCUAGAUUGUGUCAGCACUUGUCAAAGAAUAUCACCCAGUCCUACAAUGGUCCAACCUUUAAGAGUCUACUGCUUCAAAGAUGUCAUGAAGAGUUUAAUGUCAGAGAAAUGUACAUGCAAUCAGAGCCAUCACGUGUUUGUGGCUUUACGUUGUUUUUAGCUGAACUUUUUACCCAACUUGGUGUGGGCGAAGUGAAUUUUCGAUACAGUGGUGCUAGAUUGUGUCAGCACUUGUCAAAGAAUAUCACCCAGUCCUACAAUGGUCCAACCUUUAAGAGUCUACUGCUUCAAAGAUGUCAUGAAGAGUUUAAUGUCAGAGAAAUGUACAUGCAAUCAGAGCCAUCACGUGUUUGUGGCUUUACGUUGUUUUUAGCUGAACUUUUUACCCAACUUGUUACUACAACUGCUCAGCCUUUGGAAGUUCUUGGUCCAGCAUUAUGUCAGCUCCUUAUGACAUUACUUACACAGACUUCAGAUUCAAAUCUCAAAUGUGCAGCGCAGGUUUUAAAAGUAAGUAAAUCACACACAUAG